AUGCUGCUUCGAGACUUCCUCAGCCUUGGGCCUCUGUACCUGAGCGGCCUCAUCAUCAUUCCCCUCGUCCUGUGGUUCAUCAUCGUGCCUCGAUAUACAACCCUUCAGAUAAGACGGAUAGGUGGAACCAGGGCUCACGUCCUCUCGACCAACCCCCUCACGGGCAUGCGCUGGCUCCUCGACGCGGGCAGGAAGCACAGCCAAGACAAGCUCCAGGACUUCUUCCAGGAUCUUUACAAGAACGCACCCCCCAGCAGCCCCAACUGCGUCGAGAUCUCCGUCUUGGGCAGGCGACGGUAUAUCAUCACGCAGGAGCCCGAGCACAUCAAGACGAUCCUCACCUCCAAGUUUGCCGACUUCGGCAAGGGCAGGCGUUUUCACGAGACAUGGAGCCCAUUCUUGGGGGAUAGCAUCUUCACCACGGACGGGCGGCUGUGGCAGGACAGCCGGGGCCUCAUCCGGCCCAUGUUCAUCAAGGAGAAGGUCUCGGACUUGCUCAUCUUUGAGAAGUGGACCCAGGCCAUGAUGUCCAAGAUGCCCGCGUCAGGAGGGACCGUCGGGAUGCAGGACCUGUUCUACCGCAUGACUCUGGAUGUGACGACUGAUUUCCUGCUCGGCUCGAGCGUCGGCAGUCUCGACAAUCCCAAGCAUGAAUUCGUCCAUGCCUUCACCGACGUUCAGAGAACGCAGAUGAUGUAUAUGAUCUUAUACCCCCUGAAGGCAUUCAUCCCUAAUGGAAAGUAUCUGCGAGGUAUCAAGACGAUUGAGCGGUUCAUGGAGCCAUAUAUUGCGCAGGCCCUCGCCAUGAACCCCGAAGACCUCGAGAAGCUCUCCAAGUCGGACAAGAACUGCACCUUCCUACACCAGAUCAUGCGGUAUAGCCGAAAUCCCAAGGUCCUGCGCGACCAAAUCAUGGCGAUCCUCCUAGCAGGCCGCGACACCACAGCCGCGACCCUCUCCUGGUGCGUAUACGAGCUCGCGCGCUACCCAGCAGUAUACGGCCGGCUGCGCGGCGAGAUCCUGUCGACGGUGGGCGAGUCCCGUGCCCCGACAUACGCGGACCUCAAGCGCAUGACCUACCUUACGCACACCCUCAACGAGACCCUGCGGCUGUACCCGGCCGUACCGUAUAACCUGCGCGCCGCACUCGAAGACAGCACGCUCCCUAGCGGCGUGCCGGGCCGCCCGGACAUCGGAUGUCUCAAGGACGACAUGGUCGUCUACAGCACCCUUGCCAUGCAGCGCCGCGCAGACCUGUAUCCGCCUGUCAGCGACACCUUUGCCGACCCGGCGCUCUUCAGUCCUGAUCGCUGGGAUCACUGGACUCCCAAGCCGUGGCAAUACGUCCCGUUCAAUGGUGGCCCGAGGAUUUGCGUUGGCCAGAAUUUUGCUAUGACAGAGAUGGCAUACUGUAUGGUUCGCCUCCUCCAAAAGUACGACCGACUGGAAUAUCGAGGAGACUGGUCUGCACAAUGCCACAAGGCUGAGAUUGUCGGUUGUCCGGGCGAUGGGGUCCCUGUGGCGUUCCAUGAGGCUGAGAAGGGUGAUAUCGCUUGAAGAGUAGCGGUGACGUAACUAUGAAUAGGGAAGAGUACAGAAAUAGAAGGAAGAAAGAAGAAGAAGAAGAAGAAUAUAAAGGAAGUGACGAUUUGACGACCUGAGACGCUAGGCCUAUCCGUUGACGAUUAAAAGAAGCCUUGGCUCCGCAACAAGUUAUGAACGCGAUUUUGUGACUGGAGACUCUCUUCACCUUUCAUCAGUUUGUCUAUCAAUAUGUACUCGUGUAUUCAU